UUUCUGUGACAUUUCACUCAAUUCUAGUCCUGGAAAUAUUUGUUCUGUUGUAAAAUAUUUGUGAAAUUCCGAUUAGCGAUGCGUUGCCACCGCUACGACAACGACUGCUCUGUUUUCAGUCCGCAGGGAAGGAUCUUCCAGGUGGAGUACGCCAUGGAGGCGGUGAAUCAGGGCACGACGGCCACAGUGGGCCUCACCAGCAAGGACUACACGGUGCUGGUGUCUCUCCAGGGGCCAGAGGCCGCGGAUACGUUGGCGUUGCCGCAGCGCAAGAUCCUGUCCGUGAACCCGAAGCUCGGUCUGGCCUUCGUGGGCCUCGUACCGGAUGCCCAGAUCCUCCACAGCCACCUGUGCACCCAGUGCCUCACGUACAACCUCUCGUACAUCGGGGAGAUGCCCGUCGCCCGCCUGAUGACCGGCCUGGCCAUCAAGAUGCAGGCCCACACGAACAGCAACGAGCGCCGUCCCUUCGGGGUGGGCCUUCUGGUGGCGGGCCACGACAGCCACGGAGCGCACCUCUACCAGGCGAUGCCCUCGGCGGCUGUCAUCAAGUGCAGGGCCACGGCCAUCGGGGCCCGCUCCCAGCUGGCUCUCCGCUACCUGGAGCGCCACUGCAACGCCUUUGAGCACUGCUCCAAGGAGGAGUUGAUCUGCCACGGCAUUCAGGCCAUCCGCGGACCCCUGGCGCAGGAGCAGAACCUCGAGAUAAAGCUGGCCAUCGUCGGGGCUGAGCAGGAGUUUACGAUCUACGAUGCGGCAGAGACUCAAAAGUAUAUCGAGAUGUCGAAGCGCUUGGACCAAGAGUGUGGAGUGUUGUCUAGUGUAGAGACCUCAACAGAAGAGGAGACCGAGAAGCAGACUUCCAGUGAGACUUAAUGUGGCAGCAACCAUUGUUGCCUCUGAGACAGACACAGACACAGACACAGACACAGGGACAAACACAUACACCUACGACUGCACUUGUAUUGCACUCUUUGCCCCAAUAAAUAUGCUGCUGCUGGAAUUCUAUGGUAUGCAUUCGAUUUUAG